GCAUUAGAAAUGGUCGAGGUGAAAACAAAAAUAACAGCUUAGAGAAUGCAAUCCAAGAGGACGGGGAAUUCCUCAAGGAAGGCGCUCGUGGCCGUGAUAGCAACAAGUAUGACUUCGAGAAAAAAAAUAGAACGCAUCCUGUGUUUAAGCCAAUAACAGUUGACUGGCCACCCCCUCUCCAUCCUUGCCUCUAUUUAGUUUCAGCAUCAUUGUGCAAAACUCUGUUCUUCUACUCGGUGCUUCAGCAGAGCUCUGCGCGCAUCACCAUUCCUGCGCUUCAUCGUUUAUUGCCAAUAAGAAUUGUUUUGUAUUUGUAGAGCUUUCCGCACACCUAUGUGCCCCGUGACGCAGGAAGAACUACUUAAGGGAGAUUAGUAGCGUUGAGGCAUUAAAUCCAACCUCCCACCAGUCACACACUGCGCGACCUAUCAACUUGAUCUGAGGAUCGAAAAUAGGAGGGCUUAUAUAUUAAUCAGCACUUCGGACUGGAAGACAAGUAAAAGUAGGAUCGCCCGGUGAUCCCCUGGCAUAGCAGCUGGCCACGGCGCAGGGAAGGACCGUGAUCAAUGUUUUCGGCAGAUAAAAUCGGGCCCACUGGACAAUAAAAGGAAAUAGUCGUGUUAUAUAUAUAUUUUUCCCGAGGAUUGAGUGAGAAGUGCUGUGCGCUCUUGUCUCCGAAUGAACAGAAAUGGGGGAAUGGACCAUACUCGAGAGGCUCCUAGAGGCUGCUGUCCAGCAGCACUCUACUAUGAUAGGAAGGAUCCUACUAACAGUGGUGGUGAUCUUCCGGAUUCUAAUCGUAGCCAUAGUUGGAGAGACAGUUUACGACGACGAGCAAACAAUGUUUGUAUGUAACGCUUUACAGCCGGGCUGUAACCAAGCGUGCUACGACAAGGCCUUUCCAAUCUCACACAUAAGAUACUGGGUGUUUCAAAUCAUCAUGGUCUGCACCCCGAGCCUUUGCUUCAUCACCUAUUCGGUUCAUCAGUCUGCAAAACAGAAAGAGCGCCGCUACUCCACCGUGUUUCUCACCGUGGAUAAGGACCAGGAUUCACUGAAGCGCGAAGACAGCAAAAAGAUCAAGAACACAAUCGGGAACGGAGUUCUGCAGAACGCUGAGAACACCACUAAAGAGGCCGAACCCGACUGCUUGGAGGUCAAAGAAAUGGCCAACGCGAAUAUGCGGACUGCCAAGUCCAAAAUGAGGCGCCAGGAGGGCAUCUCUAGGUUUUACAUCAUCCAAGUCGUUUUCAGAAACGCCCUGGAAAUCGGCUUCCUAGUAGGCCAGUAUUUCCUCUACGGAUUCAAUGUGCCCGCCGUGUACGAGUGCGACCGGUACCCGUGCAUCAAGGAGGUUGAGUGCUACGUGUCCAGGCCCACGGAGAAAACGGUCUUCCUCGUGUUCAUGUUUGCUGUCAGCGGCUUCUGCGUGAUACUCAAUCUGGCCGAGCUCAAUCAUCUGGGCUGGAGGAAAAUCAAAGCUGCCGUAAGGGGAGUCCGGGCCCGAAGAAAGUCGGUCUAUGAGAUCAGAAACAAGGACUUACCCCGUCUGACCGUGCCGAAUUUCGGCCGCACUCAGUCUAGUGACUCUGCAUACGUGUAGCUCUGUAUCUCCAAGUAUCCAACAAACACGGACGACUCUGGUCGCCACUGUAACGUGUCAUCAGUUAAAGGAAAGUGGGUACAUUUUCGUUUCUGUUUUUAGUCUUUUAAGGACGGCGUAAAGGAUGGCUGACACGUUUUGCGACUUUUUCUCCGUGCCGUUUGGAGCACAAGGACUCAAGUACACCGCGCAUUUACUCUCAGUGUGGGCCGCUUAGUUGUACUUAAAGAGAGUAAAUGCGUUUUGCACUAAAUAGAGAUAAACACCCGGGCCACGCACAUCUCUCAUUGUGCCGUUAAUGGUGUUUUUAAACGAUUUUCUCACCGGCUUUUCUCCUCACAUCAUUCCAUUUUAGCUAUACAACGCACAGACUCAAUCCUCAUUCAGCCUAUACCAUGAUGAGAUCGAAAAAUCUAUGGGAUGAAUUCAUUUAUUUUUUAUUUUUAUUAAACAAAUCAUAGAAUAUAUAAUUCACUUUUUUUGUUGUCUGUGUUGCACCGCUGACCUUAAUGUAUGUACCCAUUCCAGAGCUUUAGUGGAUUUUGCUGCAGAUGCUUACUUUGUGUUUAAACCCACCAAAAGCGCCCACGGCUUUCAUUUGUCAAGUUUUUCAUUUCUUUCGUGUAAUUAAGUGCCAUACUUGUACAUAAGAUCCAUAUGUAUACAUACAUAUAUAGAUAGAUAUUUAUAGAUAUAUAUAUAUAAAAAUAUAUAUAUAAAUCUCUAAUCAUAAUAAUUAUUAUAGACUUUAUGAAAGCGAAUUCCAUGCUCGGAUUGCUAAAUGGCGCCCAGGUUUGCUUGAACUCUCUAUUUGUUAUGAAUUAAAUGAAAGAAAAAAAGAAUAUUCGGCAUUUUCUCUUUUAACCUGAAACCGAAAAAAAUGCGAAAAUGAAUUGAAUGUGCUGGUCUUUUUUUUCCUACACAGUAAUCUCUUUAUCCGUCAUAAUAAGUGAUCACAAAAAAAAAAUGAUAGCACACAUUUUAUAACAAAUUAUAUAUUCUAUAACGGAAAAAUCUAAAUAUAGACAAUGAGAACUUCCUCUGGUGCUACAUUUUUCCACCUAUCAUCUGUCUGUGUAACACAGGAAAAUAAAAGAAUAAAUAUUUUCAUCGAAGGCAAAUACAUGGAAUAAAUACACACUACAGCCGUCUGGAGCCCUGAGGCUUUUCUCUGCAUCUCUCUGUGACCUGGCAUGCGUCUAUCUCAGGCAUUGAGAAAGCAAUGUGGUGCAUUAAGUGUCAGUAUGAGGUAUGAAAACUGAUUUGAUUGAAAUCUCACCCUUGUCAGUAAUGUUAGAGAUUUCAUAUAUUUAAAUAAUGUUUGUUUCCAUCUAUACCGAAUGCGCUUCAUAACUGUGACCUGAGAAAUAUUUUGAUUGAGUCUAUACAAAAUGUCACACUCAGUAUUUUCCAGUUAUCGAGACUUUUUUAUACCGUUUAAAUUCUAAGGUCAAGUAAAGAGCUGCAUGUUUAAAGAAAGCAUAUUAGAGAGCAUUAGGAUGUUGUAGAGGAAUUGCGGGGUCUCAGCUGCUUGUGCUUGGGAGUUGGUCUUUAUCCCCUUUUUUCUGUUCCUGUCUUUAUUUGUUGCGUAAGAAAUACUGCAAUGUAGUGUCUUUAAAUAUUCACUUCUCCUGAAGGUCAGGAGUAAAGAAAAACAUUUAAGUAAAAGUUGACCGCAGUGUGGAGACUGAGCAUCAAGGAUGAUCUGGAGACUCGUUCACUGCAGCAUCUGCCAUAAUGGCCCUGCAUUGCAAAACGAAAGAUGGAGCGGGAACUCACAUCAAUCUUCAACUCUGAGGAGGAUGUUCCAUGUUUCCAAAGCUCAGUAAUAAACUCAAACAAUGCUACAGGGAUGAAAAGUGUAAUGUGCCUGGUCAGCCGGACAGUGCAAUGCAACACUCAGCCUUUUUCUCUCCUUCCCUUUCUGUCAUAUGACCAACAUUCCAAGACUGCAUUGAUCUUGAAUCAGUGAGAUACACACAGACUUUCCUGAUAAACUGUCAUGAGAGCCCACACACCUCUUAAACCAAGAUGUCACUGAACUGAGCACAUUGUGAUUGUGUAUGCAAUCCAAAAGAGAAAAAGCUUUAAUAAAAAACCUUCCCUGCUGAAUGUGAAAAUAUUGAAAUAUCUGAGCAUGGCUCUUGCCCCUCCUUCUCUCUCUCUAACCUCUCCUAUCUUUCUCUUCUGACUCCCUCCCUCCCUUUGUGUGUCUCUGUGUGGUAAGAUUGCGGCAAUACUGAUUCUGGCUACAUAUAUAGUACAUGUGCUAUGCAGCAUUUUUGUAUCCAUUCUGAGAGAAAUUAUUGUGUUAAUAUAAUCUAUCUAUCUAUCUAUCUAUCUAUCUAUCUGUCUAUCUAUCUAUCUAUCUAUCUAUCUAUCUAUCUAUCUAUCUAUCUAUCUAUCUAUCUAUCUAUCUAUCUAUCUAUCUAUCUAUCUAUCUUUUCAGGAUCUGCAAUGCUCUACAAUUUAUAGUUUCUUACAACCACACCCUAAUAGAAAUAUAUGGACUUAUUAAUCUUCUUAUUGGCUCAAUUAUUAUAAAUUCUUAAAACAAUAUGAAUAUAUUUAAUUGCAUAAUUAUAGUUAAUGGCACAAAAAUACAAAUAAUAAUGAUUUACAUACAAAAACAGGAAAGCUAAAUUCUUUUUCACAUGUAUCACACCUCAUGCAUGGAAAAGAUCUAACACCACAUCUGGACUGUCAUUUUCUUACUUUUCCACUAAAGUAUAAUAUUGUAGUCCAUGCAAAAAAACCGAAUAGACACAGUUAAAUUAUAAUACUUUUUUAUUAUAAUAUUAUUAAAUGUAACAUGCUGAAAUGAGAUUAAAACUACUGUACAUUUCAAACCCUGAAAUAUAAUCGCAACAUCAAUGAAGGUCAUUUCUCAUUUGAAAAACU